UCCGUCCUUCUCGGUCUCCGUUCCUUCCCCACCCCCCUUCGAUUCGCCAUACAACAAGAAAGACGACCGUCGGCUUGGGUCCCACCCCACCCAUCGUUCGAACUAUACAUCUAUUACUAGUACCUCAUCAACAUCGCGGUCCUCAGCUUCUUCGCUUGGCUCCGCAACCUCCUACCCCCCUCUCGCUCUCCCCCGGAAGUGAACGAUGCCAUCCCUUUUCUUGGGUGUUUACAAGGCAGUCUACGGCUACACCGCCCAGAACAACAAGGAGAUCUCCUUCGACGAAGGAGACAUCAUAUGUGUUCUCGAGAAGCCUGCAGACGAUGACUGGUGGAAGGCAAAGAAGAAGGGCAAUGUAGUGGAUGACGAGGAGCCGGUUGGGCUCGUUCCGAACAACUACAUCGAGGAGUUCGAACCUAUCGCGAAAUGCAAAGCACUGUACGACUACACUCCACAGACCGAAGAGGAGCUGGCUUUCAAUGAGGACGACGUCCUGGAUGUGUACGACACGUCCGAUCCGGACUGGGUGCUCGGUGGUCUCAAAGGCCAGUACGGAUACGUGCCCGCGAAUUAUGUCGAGAAAGGAGACGAAGCUUCCAGCCCUGCAGAUGAUGGCGCUGCCGCAGCUGCGACCGCUACGGCAGCUGCUGCUGCAGCAGCGGCGGCUACUUCCAAGAAACAUGUUGCCUUCACGCGAGAGCGAGAGGAAAAUAUUCCAGAAAGUCCGUCACCUGUACAGCGACAUGCACCGCCUCCUCGCGACGAACCCCCUUCGCCAGCUCUCCCGGACCGCGAGCCUGCUCGGUCCCCACGUCAAGAACCGCCUAGGGCCGCCUCCCCUCCCCGCCAGCAACAGCGCGAACGCGAACGAGAACACCGCUCAGAGCCCAGCUACAGCCGGGACGAGGGCCGGCCGGCCGCACGACCUACCGCGAAUCGCGGCGGCAAAUCGCCGAAAUCGCCCCAGUUUGUAGAAUCGGACGAUUCCGAUGGCCCCGGCUUGCCGCUCAGGAGGCCUGGUCAGGCUCCGUACCGCCAUGGUGGUGACCAAGACAACUCAUCACACCCUAUCCCACCCGGAUUUCGGACCUACCCUGUCAUGGAGGUGGAUUCAAAGAAGAAGCGUGCUGCGACUUUAGGCUUGGGUCCGAAUCGCAUCAUUCUGCUGCCCGACAAGAGCUCCCGUCCUAGGGAAGAGUGGACUAUCGACAACAUGACCGGAUACAACUACGAAGGGAAACACGUUUUCCUCGACCUCAAGCAUCCCUCAAGAUCGCUGGACCUCCAUGCCGGAUCCACCCAAGUCGCCGAAGAGAUAAUAUCUGCACUCGGAGAGCUACGGGGGAUCCGUAAAGCGGCAGGAUUGGACGAAGUUAUCGCGGCUGUCAACGGAGCCAAGGCGCAGGACAUCGGAACUGUGCUCUACGAUUUCCCAGCGCAGGGCGAGGACGAAGUGUCGGUGACAGCGGGAGACGAGGUUGUAAUCCUGGAUGACACCAACGACGAGUGGUGGCUGGUUAAGCGCCAAGUCAAUGGGGAAGAAGGUGUCCUUCCCAGCAGCUACGUCGAAAGGGGCAGGAAGAACAUAUCGCAAACCUCCGGAAUUAAGGAAUCACCCGGUGUUCGGUCCGACUCACGCAAAUCGCCUCACAUCCCACAGGGCAGCAGCAGCGGCGCCGGUGAAGUUAAGGUUUCCGGGGUUCCGGUGAGGAGGAGCAGCUUAGCGGCGCCUUCACAGAGUCGAAAGUCUGCGGCGCCGGGGAAAUCGAAGCCCGAUACCUCCCAAAUUCGCACUUGGACGGAUCGCACCGGCUCUUUCAAGGUCGACGCCCAGUUCCUCGGCUGCAGAGAUGGCAAGAUUCAUUUGCACAAGGUCAAUGGUGUCAAGAUCGCCGUUCCGGUGUCAAAGAUGUCUAUGACCGACCUCAGGUACGUCGAAGACAGAACCGGGAUGUCUCUCGACGAGGACAAGCCGCUAUCGGAGAUCAUGAAGGAGCAAAGACGGAACAACGCGCAGAACGAGCAAGCCGGUAUUGCCGUCCGGCCCAACCCAAUUGCUACAGUCAAGUCCAACAACCAAAUUGAUUAUGAUUGGUUCGACUUCUUCCUGGGAUGCGGCGUGGAUGUCAACAAUUGCCAGCGCUACGCAUUGAGCUUCAUCAAGGACGAGCUGGAUGGGUCAUCGUUGGAGGAUCUCACCUCCGACGUCAUGCGAAGCUUGGGUGUGAAGGAAGGCGAUAUCUUGAGGAUCAGGAAGAAGCUAGAUGAGAGAUAUGGUCGAAAGAAGGAUGGUGGUAACGGUGAUGGAACUGGGGCCGGUGGUCUGUUUGCGGAUGGCAACGGCAACCUGAAGACAUCGCGAACGAGGCCACCGCCAGCUGUUCAAACUGGAGCUGUGGAUCCCAAGGCUCUGCAAACCCAGAAGGAAAAGAUGCAGGCCCAAGCACAAACGCAAGGUGCGGCAUCAAACUCGCCUCCAGGAGCGACAUCAGAAUCCGGGUUCGAGGACGAAGCUUGGUCCGUGAAACCGACCAAGGCACCGACUGCUGCUCCUGCUGCGUCCCCGUCCCCCCCUCAGCAAACACAGCAACCGGCCCCGACGGCACAGCCUCCUGCGCUGACCGGUGCUUUGGGCGAAUUGGCAUCAUUGUCGCUUGACACCCCACCACUCCAACCAACCGUCAUUACUCCUCCCCAAACUUACCAGCAACCCGGGAUCAAUGCACCGGUGCCGGUUUCGAAUAUGAUGCCACCCAUGUUUACCGGACAGCAAAACGCCAACCAACUUUCCAAUUUCCAAGCUGGACGGGCUCGGCCGGCUGCACCUACCAUGUCUGGGAACAAUUUAGGAAUCGCGCCGCCCCCAGCGAGACCCCUUUCUGCACCACAAUCAUUCAUGACGGCUCCUGCGCAGGCACUGACCCCAACGUUCACUGGUGCACCAAACCAGUUCUCGUAUAUGAAUCCCCAAGGUCAGCCAGGAGGAAUGCCACAGAUGUCAUUUCAAAACACCGGAAUGAUGCCGCAGCAGUACAGCCAGAUGGGGUUCCCAAUGCAGCAACAGACGCCGAUGCCGAUGCAGGUACAAAUGACUGGAAUGCCGAUGCAACCUAUCCCGCAGCCACAGAUGCAGCAGAUGACGGGCAUGCCGAUGCAGCAGCAGCAGCAGAUGACCGGAAUGCCAAUGCAGCAGAUGACUGGGCAGCAACCCCUGCCGCCAUUCUCGAUGUACGGCGGCGUAGGGUCGAACGGCGCUCUCGGCGUCAACAGGAUUUUGCCCCCGCCGUUGAUACCCCAGCAGACUGCCGCCUCAUUACGUCCUCAGCCCACUGGACCGCCGCCGCCAGUUAGGUUUGGAGUGCAGCCGAAGAAAAUGACGCCGCAGCCCACCGGAAGGGCUAACCUAACGAAAGCUACGCCCGAGAAUCCCUUCGGUUUCUAGUUCUCAGCAUUUUCCCUGGUUCUGGUUUUAUUCUUUCGUUCGCACUACAGCUCUAAUUAAUCGACAAUAUUUCGCCGAUAUCCUCGUAGCCUCA